GUCGGUGUUCCCCACUUCCCCGACACACAAACUUGGUUAAACGCCACUCUCUCCGGCUCAAUGUCACUAAGCCUUCUUGGAGAGAGAGAGAGAGAGAGACUUAAUGGCAACGCAUGGAGGAGUUGAUGAUGAUGCAGAUCAAGCAAAGCUAAGCGGCCAAGCACACAUUUGGCAACUUAUGUUUGCCUUUGCAGACUCCAUGGCACUCAGGUCCGCUGUGGAGCUCCGCAUCGCCGACAUUAUACACUCCCACGGCUCCCCAAUCACUUUGCGCCAAAUCGCCUCCGCCAUCACCCCUACCCCCGCCGCUGACAUCACCUCCCUCGGCCGCAUCAUGACACUCCUCGUCCGCAAGUCCAUCUUCACCGCCACCGUUCCUCCACCAUCAGACGGCGGCUCAUGCGCAGACACCCUCUACGGCCUCACCCCUUCCUCCCGCUGGCUCCUCCGCGACGCCGAGCUCACCCUGGCACCGAUGGUGCUGCUGGAGAAUCAUCCCCUGCUCAUGCACCCCUGGUAUUGCUUCUCCAACUGCGUCCGAGAAGGUGGGAUCGCCUUCCAGAAGGCUCACGGCCGUCAGAUCUGGGAGUUCGCCGGUGCAGAUCCUGAGUUCAACGCCAUGUUCAACGCUGGGCUGGCGUGUACGGCUAAGAUCACGCUGGAAGCCAUCUUGUCCGAGUACAAGGAUGGGCUUGCCGACGUGGGAUCCCUCGUGGACGUGGGAGGUGGCACGGGGUCAGCCAUUGCUGAGGUGGUCAAAGCCUGCCCACACAUCAAAGGCAUCAACUUUGACUUGCCACAUGUCAUCGCCUCGGCUCCCGCGCUCCCUGGAGUGUGCCACGUAGGAGGUGACAUGUUCAAAAGCAUUCCAAAAGCUGAUGCGGUUUUCAUGAAGAAUAUUAUGCACGAUUGGGGUGACGAAGAUUGUAUUAAAAUUCUAAAAAAUUGUAGAGAAUCAAUACCAAAGAAAAAGGGUAAGUUGAUUAUUGUUGAUGUGGUUUUACAACCUAAUGGUAAUGAAUUUUUUGAUGAGAUAGGGAUUGCGCUUGAUUUAACAAUGCUGGCGCAUAGCUCUGGCGGAAAGGAAAGAAUUGAGAAAGAAUGGGAAAAAGUGCUACAGGAAGGAGGGUUUUCUCGCUAUAAAAUCAUUAAAAUUUUAGCUCUACCUUCAAUUAUUGAGGCAUAUCCAGAAUAACUCAAUAUUCAUGUUGCUUUUCAAUGUAAUCUUCUAUUUCUAUUUUAUCGAAACUAAAAGCAACUUAGUUUUAAUAUAUAUAUAUCUCACUAUCUAGGAUUGUAUUUAUUUUCUAUCUGUUAUUAUUUGUGUAUAUGUUACAUACAUUACAUGUAAUUGCAAAUGAGUUAUUUUUAAGAAA